CUGUUAUUUUCUCCCCACCCUUGAUACUUUUUUUUUUUAUCCAACUGGUCUACCUUCUAUUGUUGGGAUACCUGACGAGUCUCUUUUCUUGGUAUGUGAUUACAAGCGUAAGGGUAUGAUACUUUUUUUUCUCUUUUUCAUUCUUGUCUCUCAUUAUGGCCGGUUGCAACAUGUGGGCAUAUUUUCACUUAUUUCUGUUCUCUCUUUUUUUUCGAAUUCUUUUAUUUUCUUACAAUCUCUCUUGUUUAAUUUUCUGGCUACCUCAUCCAUUUGUCUGCGCCUACUUUCCUUGAUGAAGUUCUUUGAGCCGAUUGCCCCCAUCGGUGAUUUUUUUUAAUUGGGGGUUGUUUGUCCCUGGAGGUGGCUGUUAGUGUUUUGUAGAGGCAUCGUGCCCAAAUUUUAACAAACAAUCAAA